AAAAAGAAAGAAAAAAUGCGCACACACAUAUAAAUUACAAACACCCACACUUGUUGUUCGUUGCUGGCUAUGUCAAUGUUCAUGACAAGGCGCGAACCCCUUCGAUAAGAACCUUUCUCCUGCCUCUCCUUUCUUCACAUUGGAUCAUUUCCUACUCUCUCUCCUCUUUCGUUUUCUCCCUUUUCUUUCUCUCUCUUCUCUCUCUUCUCUCUCUUCAAACGCACCGUUUCGCAUUUCCAUCAUACGAUCCACCAGCAUUCUUCUCACUCCACUUCCCAGUAAUAACCCCUUCCGCACUCACUCCCUCAAAAUUCCCGACUCUCCCGAUUCUCUGCAUUGAAACGCCGUCGUUAUAUUCGACUGUGUUCCCGUUUCCGAAGCUGUUUUCAUCGAGAGAUGGACCCUGGCUUAGUCGAGAUUCCACCUCCGGUGACUAGCAACACUCCCAAUUCGAUGAAGCCGGAAGAGGCCAUAAGGCAUGAUGUGAUUGACAUAGAUGACGACAAUGAUUCUACUGAAUUAGUAUUAGUUGGUGAUAAAGUUGGUAAAAUUGACAAGGGGAAGGCGAUAGCAACAGUUCAUGAUGAUUAUGGUGAUCAUCAAAAUAUGGAAUUGUUAGAUGAUGUUAUGGAUAAAUCUGGAUCAGGUGAUGGGCAUAAUGCUGACAGUUCAUGUGAUGAUGAUGACUACUCUGAUUUGUUUUCGGAUGAUUACAUUGAUGCAGACCAAUCUGCUUUAAUACAGACACAUUUUGAUAAUGUGGAUAUACCUCCCGGAAUUGAGGUACCUAUUCCUUGGAUGGCAGAGUAUGAUCUAGGUUUGAAAAAAACUAACUAUCAUUCAUUGUCUCCUUGGUCUCAUACCAUGUCUGGUGCUUACGUUUCUCAAGUGACUGAUUCAUCUCAGCAUUUGUUAACAUUAGAGCCUUCUAACCUUGAAACUCAAGGACCUUCUGCAGGUAAUUCCAAUUUGCAAGUUAAAAUGAAUACUAUUAUUCAGCACCCUUCUGGAGUAGAGUUAUCUUCCCCUCAGGUAAAUUGCCUGAGUAAGAAGAAAUCAAAUGCCUCAAAACACAGGAGGCAUAAGCCAAAGAUGGCAUUUGGAAUGAAGUCAUCUAAACCUAAUUUAUCUACAGGACCUUCUGAGAGUAAAAAGAAGCCUAACAUUUUUUAUGCUCCAGCUAGCCACAUCUUUGUAGACAAUUUUGAAGCCAAGAAACUGCAAAAUGCAAGUGAGGUACCACAUUGGGGACAUUUUGGAAAUUCUAAGACAGCAGAUGGAAGUAAAACUUUGAAUCAUUCAAAUUUUGUUGGAUCUUCUUUUCAUUUUCCUGGAGUUGAAUCAUUCAUGUGGGCGAAGAAAGAUUUUCAUUUUCAGCCACUCUCUAGUUAUACGGUUAAAUCAAGUUUUGGUAGUCCCUUUGUUCCUUUUAGCGCUGCUCCAGAGCCCUUGUUUGAUAACUCUUGGGUUCAUUAUCCUGGGAGAGAUGGAAAUAAUGGAGCAGCUGCGGAAAGUGCUGUUGCUACAAUAUCCGAUGAAGCUAGAGAUGAAAUUUUGAGGAAAUUCCAAAACUUUAAACAAUUUGAUACUAUUGAAAACCCUUCAGACCAUUACUUUCUUAAUGCUAGCUGUUCCAUGAAACAGGUUUCACAGAAAUGUGCUAAAAGACUCCAGGAAGAGUGGAAGUCAUUGGAGAAGGAUUUGCCGGAUUCAAUAUUUGUCAGAGUUUAUGAAUCAAGAAUAGAUCUUUUGAGGGCAGUAAUUAUUGGAGCAGAGGGAACACCUUAUCAUGAUGGCCUUUUCUUUUUUGAUUUUUUCUUCCCAAGUAGCUAUCCCACUGUACCCCCGGACGUCCACUACCACUCUUGUGGGCUUCGACUCAACCCAAAUUUAUAUAGUUCUGGCAAAGUUUGCCUUAGUCUACUUAACACCUGGUCUGGUCAUGAGAAUGAGAAGUGGCAACCAGGUGUUUCAACAAUUUUACAGGUUCUGGUCUCUAUACAGGGUCUAAUCCUGAAUUCAGAGCCAUACUACAAUGAGCCUGGAUUUGCCCAUCUAAUGGGUUCUAAAGAGGGUGCGUUUAAUUCCUUGCAUUACAAUGAGAACACAUUCAUCCUAUCAUUGAGGACAAUGGAGUAUAUCAUGAGAAGACCUCCAAAGAAUUUUGAGGACUUCGUGGCUGGGCAAUUCUGCAGUCGAGCUCAUGAUAUUCUGGUGGCAUGCAAAGCAUACAUAGAUGGUGCUCAAGUAGGUUGUUUGACCAAAGAUGGGGUGCAGGAUGUUGAUCAAGGUGACAAGAGCUGCUCCAAUCAGUUUAGGACAUCUUUGUCUGCACAUGUGGACAUGCUUGUUAGAGAGUUUACGAAAAUUGGAGCUAAGGACUGUGACAAAGUAUUUCCAUCAGCAAAGGAGAAAACUUCGGUGGAUGAAAUACCCGAGGUUGCUGCAAUUUCUGAUAAAAAAUUUCGAGACAUGAUGAAGUCUUAGAAUAUAUUACAUUUUGUCCAUAUGAUUGAUU